GGCUUCUCUCUCGCUCACAACACCGACAAAUCCAUGUACGAGCUCAUGGCUGAUGACCCCGUGCGAGGCGCUUGGAUGGCGGAGGCGAUGAGCGUCUGGGCCUCCAGCGAGAUGUUUUCGGUGUCAAGAGUCGUCGAUGCAUACGACUGGGGUAGCCUAGGAGCGGCCACCAUCGUCGACAUCGGAGGCUCAAGAGGCCAGGUUGCGGUAGCUGUAGUCUCGAGAUAUCCAGCAAUGAGGUUUAUUGUGCAAGAUCUCGAAUCCACCGUAGCCGGAGCAGAGGCCGCCGACCGUCCACCCGAGCUGACCGACCGUGUGAGCUUCAUGGCGCACAACUUCUUCUCUCCGCAACCGAUUGUCGCCUCCGCGUACUUUUUCCGCUGGAUUCUGCACAAUUGGUCGGACAAAUACUGCAUCAAAAUCCUCUCUGCGCUGGUCCCCUCGCUGAAGCCGGGGGCACGGGUGAUUGUGAAUGAGAUCUGUAUGCCCGCGCCCGGGGAAGCCUCGGUAUACAGAGAGAGACUGGCCCGUAAAAUGAGCAUGGGGAUGUUUAGCCUUUUCAAUUCCUAUGAGCGGGACAUUGAGGACUGGACUCGGCUUUUCCGCGCCGCGGACACCAGAUUCCAGCUACUCGGGUACAACUAUAUUCCAGGGUCUGAAUUGGCCCUGAUUGAAUCUUACUGGACUUGA